AAAUAGCUGUAUGUCUCUGCUAAAUAGUAACUGACCUUUUGCCCAGAUCAGUUAAGCUACAUUUGGUUUCAUGGAUGAGGAGUAGUUUGUUUCUUUUUGGUAACUGGGUCACUCAUUCACUUGUUACUCUUUUCUCUUCUUGACUCUGGUAGGUUGCAUUGGAUGUUCACAAAAAGCAGUGCAUGGGAUAGCUGCCUGAGGCAACUCACCACACUUGAUGAAGGAUGCCAGGGUGGAAAAAUUUUGAUGUGCCAAUAUCCUCGUUCUACAGUGUGUUCCAUUCUUUUAUGAUCUCAGAAAAAUGGUGUUAAAAGAAAAUAUUCUGUGAAAUAAGAAGAUCGUUUUUCAUUUUUAAUGAUCAACAUGCAUUAAGAUGGACAUCUGUUCUACAGAACACGAAGUCCUAUGGUCUGGAAGAAGCAAGUGCCUGUUUAAAAAGGAUCCUAAAUAGAAACAGACCUGAGUGGAUAUGAGAAUGUUUGUUAGUGGCAGAAGAGUCAAAAAAUGGCAGUUUAUUCAGUUAUUUGCCACCUGUUUUAUACUAAGCCUCAUGUUUUUUUGGGAACCCAUCGAUAAUCACAUUGUGAGCCACGUGAAAUCCUACUCUUACAGAUACCUCAUCAAUAGCUAUGACUUUGUGAAUGACACCCUGUCUCUUAAGCACAGCUCAGCUGGGCCUCGCUACCAAUACUUGAUUAACCAUGAGGAAAAGUGUCAAGCUCAAGACGUCCUACUCUUACUCUUUGUAAAGACUGCACCCGAAAACUACGGUCGGCGUUCCGCAAUUAGAAGAACGUGGGGCAAUGAGAAGUACGUUCAGUCUCAACUUAAUGCCAACAUCAAAACUCUGUUUGCCUUAGGAACUCCUAAUCCACUGAAGAAACAAGAACUGCAGAGAAACCUGCUUUGGGAAGACCAAAUGUACAAUGAUAUAAUUCAGCAAGACUUUGUUGAUUCUUUCUACAAUCUUACUCUUAAAUUACUUCUGCAGUUCAGCUGGGCAAAUACCUAUUGUCCACAUGCCAAGUUCCUAAUGACUGCCGAUGAUGAUAUAUUUAUUCACAUGCCAAAUCUUAUCGAAUACCUUCAAAGUUUAGAACAGAUUGGUGUUCAAGACUUUUGGAUUGGUCGUGUUCAUCGUGGUGCCCCUCCUGUUAGAGACAAAAGCAGCAAGUACUAUGUCUCCUAUGAAAUGUACCAGUGGCCAGCUUACCCUGACUAUACUGCUGGCGCUGCCUAUGUUAUCUCUGGUGAUGUAGCCGCCAAAGUCUAUGAGGCAUCACAGACACUUAACACGAGUCUUUACAUAGACGAUGUGUUCAUGGGCCUCUGUGCCAAUAAAAUGGGGGUAGUACCACAAUACCAUGUGUUUUUUUCUGGGGAAGGUAAGACUCCUUAUCAUCCCUGCAUCUAUGAAAAAAUGAUGACAUCUCAUGGACACGUACAAGAUCUUCAGGACCUUUGGAAGAAUGCUACAGAUCCUAAAGUAAAAACCAUUUCAAAAGGAUUUUUUGGUCAAAUAUACUGCAGGUUGAUUAAGAUCGUUCUUCUUUGUAGACUGACCUAUAUGGACACAUAUCCUUGUAGGGCUGCUUUUGCCUAAAAUAGUACUUGAAUGUAUGUUUUCACUGUCACUGAGCCAAACCUGGAUGAACACCCUUGAAAUGUUUGUCUAUACCCUAAGUAAAAUGAAUAUGAAAGACAAAGGAAUAUUUUGAAAGCCCGGUCUAUCAGAAUGUUUCUUUGAUUCUGAAAGCUAUUUAACAUAACUUAUCUACUUCAUUGCCUAAAUUCAUUUCAAGGAAAACUCGUAUUUAGGAAAGGUUGAUAUUAUUCAUGAAAACAAAGCUAAAGGGAAAUUCAAGUUCUCAUUUAAUGCCACGUGUAUAUUUGAAGUGUAGAGGAGUUAUUCAGAAGCCUUGGUGUGAGAAUAACUGCUUUUGGAAAAAUACCAAUGACUGUACAGUACAAGAUUAAAAAGAAAUGAACAUAUUGUUAGACCAGGUAUACAGGUUUAUGUUUGUUAAAGAGCUCUUGGUGGAGGUAGCUGGGGCAGGGAAUGGUUGGCAUAGAAGAGAAAGUAUGUGAAUCUGGUAAAAGACUGUCUCUUGUUCUUAAGAGGAGAUGAAGGAAAAUGUAUGCGAUUUCAUGAUAAACAGCCAAAUCACUAAUUGUCACAUUCAUGUAGCUAUUUUAACUAGAUGACUUUGAAGUUAUUUAAAAUAUAUCUUUUUUCCAAAGUUUAAUGUGAACUUUAAGAAAAGUCAUUAGCUUUUCCCCAAUUGGUUCUUCUUCUUUUUAAUAUUAGAAAAUGACACAGAGCAUGGACAGUUUGUUGCUCAUUAAGGUUGUUCUUGAAGGAGAAAUCAUCAUCAAUUUAAAUAAGAUGAUUUUAACUUAAUGAAUUCUUAAUCGGUUUUUAAACAUCCAAUAUUGGUAUAUUUAAGGUUGUUAUUUGAAUAUAGUUUACAUAGAGGAAUAUAAUAAUGGAGGAGAAGUCAAAAGGAAUGAACAUCAAAAUCUAAUUCAUUAAAAAAAAAUUGAGUGUCUAAAUCAUUGUACUGAUUACUCAAAUUAGCCCACCUCUCCUCAGUAAGGUCUCAUAUAUGGCCCAGAACUUUGUUCCAAGUUCAGAGUUUUAAAUUCAGACUAUUAAACAUUGAAGCUAUAAUAUCUAAAACAAUCUAUUUUUCCAUCAGGUAGCUGUUGGAGAUCUUUAUCUUUUAAAUAUUUCAAACUUGAAAACAGAGUAAAAGUGAUAGAAAAGUUGUCAGAAUGAGGCUUAUAGCAUUUGUAAAACUGCAUGUUUCUUGUAAUCAGAGAUGUGGCUUAGUUCUAAUAAAGUAAGUUACAUUCAUUUUACAAAGCAGAGUAAAAAUGUGACUAUGAUGCAAACUACCUCUAAUCACUACAGAAGAAAUCAGGUGAUAUCUAUUGCUAGGGAGAUCAUAGAAAGGCCAAAAUAGUGACUCCAGCAAAAUCAAUUGAAUUGACUGUAAAGUUUUUAGCUACAAAGGCACCUGUUAGGGAAAAUAAGAUGUCUCAUUUAAUAAGGUGAUGUCUAAAACAUGCAAAACAAAACUAAAAAAUUUCUCAGUACACACAACUGGAUGAUGAUAUUUACAAUUUUUUGGCAGGUAGCUUUUUAAUGUUUACAGAAAUUUUUUGUUAAUUUUUUUCUAAUUUGAAAUUUGAGGCUUGUUUACAUUGCUUAGAUAAUUUAGUAUAUUAAAUGAAUGUCAAAACUACAGUGUCUAGGUUGUAGUUACUUUCAGACUGGGUUAGAGUUAUAGAUCAUUAUGGUUUAAAUUUUCUGACCAAUUUUAAAACUGUAGAGAACAAAAGUACAUUCUGACAAAACAACAGGCUUAUAAUUAAUUUUUAUUAGUUGAUUCCUCAAUAACCUUUUGCCUUUUGGCCAUAUAUACCCUGUGUAUCUGUAUUUGGAACUGUUUAAAUUUGCCCUUGGUUGAAAACAUCAGUGUCCCUGGCCAUCGAAGUGAUCUUGUUUACAGCAGUACUUUGUAAAACAAUUAUUUAUUUGCUGAAUGAGCUCUCCUGAACUGCGUCCUUUUUAUUAUAGAAUGGAACAGGUUUAAAUUUGAAGGAAAUAUGAAGGCGCUUCUUUUUUUUCCCAAGAAGGAGGUUGCUAGAUGAGUCCUUCAUCACCUUUAAAGUACUGAGAAGAGAAUUUGUAAAUAAAAGGGUUCCAACCUUGUAAAAAAGAAGGAAACAAACUUUUUGGUGCUCCAAUGCAGGGCUGUCUUUUUUUAAAAUGUCAACAAAGGGAAAAUAAACUAUCAGUUUGGAUGGUCACUUGAGUAGAAGAGGGUUAUACACAGUGUUAUUGUUAAAAAAUUUUUUACCUUUCGGUUGGUUUGCAUCUUUUUCCAUAUUAUUAAUUUUAUACCAAAAUGUUAAAUAUUUGUAUUAUUUGAAUUUUUGCUCUCAUAUGGCAAAAUAAUUAGUGGGUUUUAAAAAAAAAUCUAUGAUUUUCAAUAAACAACUUAAAAAUUGUCA